AUGUCAGAACAGAAGCAGCCGCUCAUCAACAAUGGCGGCGCCUCCUACCGCGAGUCGCUCGACGAAGACCUCGACCCGCGCUACGCAACCGAAUCAUACCAACACCAACCUUCAUCCAACAACGUCGUCUUUGACGCAGCUUCCGCUGUCGAAUCACAACAGCCAUCACGAGGCGCAUCAACAUGGCAGCAGCAGCAGCAACAUCAACAACCGACAUCGUUUCAGGGCGGUUCCGGAGGAGGAGGAGGUGGGUUGUCGCAUUCGUUCGGAACAUCACAAGCGUGGAGUCUUAGCAGCAUCUGUGCUAUCGCAUGGGCAUUGCCGCCGUUCAGUUCGGCAUUCGUCUUGAUCUGGGAGACCGAGAACGAUUUGGCGAGGUUUCAUGCGUAUCAGGCGGGAUUGAGCGGCGUCGGACUGAUCGUGCUGCUGUGGAUAUUGAGGACGGUGUUGGGUUUGAAAACGAUCGGGUUGUUGGUUGGAAUGGGCGCUUAUGGAUGGUUCUGGGUCAAUGCAUCGACGGCCAACAAAUCAGCACCUUCACUGUCGCGGAAUCCCUACUUGCCUCAUAUCGGUGAUGUAGCUUCCAGAUGGGUAGGCGAAGAGUAA